AUGGCGGCGCAGGCCUCAAAAGCGUUUGUGGAUCCAGAAUCGGACGACGGCAUGCACACCAAUGAACUGGAAAACCAACCUAACACAUCACAAAUAACAAAAGCUGAUCUCAAUGCAGCCCUGGAGACUCUAUCCAGCAAACUCAUCACCACAUGGCAACACACAGCAGACUCCAUGCGUAAAGACAUACAGGAGCUGGGCAAACGGACAUCACACAUGAAGGAUAAAUGUGAUGAAUUUGCCACAGCUCACAAAGAUUUGGCAACGUGGAACGCAUGGCAAUAG